CUUUUACUCUCUUUUGAACAUCUUUUUUAAAAUCAUACCAAGUGAUGCAACGAGACGCUCUCAAAAAGACGUUUACAUUAAGUCAUGAACGGUUUGUUAUUGAAGUAGAUCCCAGCCAUAAAUUUAUCAAAGGCCUAGCAGAAUUAACCAUUCAACCACUUCAUAAUAAAUUACCAUCCAUUAAAAUCAACUGCCGACAAUGCAAAAUUAUAAAGACCUUUGUUAACGAUAUACCUGUUGAAUUCACUUUGUCUGACCCAGUACUCGAUCUUAACCUUGGACCUUCAACCACAAUUGCUCAUCACCAAGUUUAUAAAAGUAAAUAUUUGAAUGCACUACGGGAAGCUGACGAAGGCGAAAUGUUGAUUCAAUUACCUUCCGAUUGUAUAAAACAAAUUGGCACGAGAAUUGUCACACAACCAACCCCACAACCACAGCAGAGAUUGCAACAACAGCAACAACAGCAGCAGCAGAAAGAGAAUGAGGAUAAACCUCCAGAGACAGAGCCUGUUUAUGCCUUCCUGACCGUGCGAAUCGAGUAUACGCUGGAAGAUCCUCGAAACGGCAUCGUAUAUGUACAAAAAGAUGAUGAGAUCGCGCCUUAUCGAUCCAAUCAUAUGUAUACUGUCAAUCAACCAUUACCAGGAUCAACACGAUCAUGGCUACCGUGCGUGGAUAGAAUAUCAGAAAGAUGUACAUGGGAUAUGGAGUUUAUUGUACCUAGAAAGGAAAGUGGAAAUACGAUACCAGAGUACGACGGAGAAGGUUCUUUUGACGAAGAGGACUGCAUGAUGGUGGUUUGCAGUGGGGAUCUCAUCGAGCAAGUUAUCCACCCCACUGAUACCACCAAAAAAAUUGUUCAUUACAGUCUUUCAGUACCAACACCCGCACCAUUCAUUGGAUUUGCUGUCGGUCCAUUUGAGAUGAUCAAGUUAUCACCUCAGCAACUUCAAGAAGAAGUCCUAACAGCAGCCGACUUGGAUGAGAAUCAACAGCAGACAUUGAUGGCUGAAAUCAACAUGAUGUGUAACAUUUAUGCGUUUGGGCUACCAGGAUUUGAAGAAGAGUUGAAUGUGACCUGUAGUUUUUUGAUGCAUGCAAUGCACUUUUAUACUCAAGAAUAUGGGUCAUAUCCAUUUUCAGAUUAUAAAUUGGUGUUUGUGGAGGAUGCAUGGGCUAAUGUUGCUUCAAGUGCAUCAUUGGCUAUCUGCAGCUCUCGAUUGCUUCAUUCGGCCGAUAUAAUCGAUCAAAUCUACAACACCAGGCGUGAGCUCAGUCAGGAACUUGCAAGGCAAUGGUUUGGUAUUUAUAUUGUUCAGAAAUCUUGGCCAGAUACAUGGUUAGUGAGAGGGUUGGCAAAUUAUAUGGGAUCACUCUUCAUCAAGAGACAUUUGGGAAAUAACGAAUAUAGACUAAGGCUAAAGAAGGAUAUGGAGCUAUGUUGUAUUAUGGAUAUCAACAGACCGCCUAUCUACAAUCCUGCUUUACCGUAUCCACUCGAUCCUGAAGAUCUUGAAUUUAUCGAACUAAAAGCACCACUUGUGGUCUAUAUGCUGGAUAAAAGAAUGUGUAAAGGAGGCGGAACACUCGGCUUGUCAAGAGUGCUGCCUAAAAUCCUUGUAUCGGCUAUGAGUGGUGAACUAGCACAGAAUGCGAUCAGUACACAUUACUUUUUAAGGGUAUGUCGAAAAGUGAGUGGAUUCGAUACAAAAGUAUUUGCCGAACAGUGGAUCUACAGAAGUGGUUGCCCAAGGUUUUCAUUUUCAUUUCACUUUAAUCGAAAAAAGAUGGUCGUUGAAAUCUUUAUGCGACAAGAGAACACCAAUGCUCUCAUUGUCAGUCCGGAUGAUAUGUCAUAUGGUACAGAGUACCAGCAGCUUAUGACGCCACUUUUUACUGGCAACUUGACUGUCCGCAUCCACGAAGCAGACGGUACUCCUUACGAACACAUUCUUGAUAUUCAAGCCAAUAAGCAAAAGUUCGAGGUUCAGUUCAACACAAAGUAUAAGCGUAUUCGUCGAAACACAAAGCGAUUCCAAGCCAAGCAAGCCGCCGCCGCUGCAGCUGUAGCUGAAGAAGAACAAGAAAACGAAGAGGGCGGAGAUCAGACAACGGUGCUAGGGAUUAUUCCUAGUCUGGGCCUUGGUAUGCCUAUCUUUGAAGACCCAAGCAAGAAGAAAGAAUGGAGAAUUGUCGAAUGGGGUCAGGAUGAAGAAGAUACAAGUGGUGCUGCCAGUGCUAUGUUUGACUGGAUCCGCCUUGAUGCAGAAUUCGAAUGGGUCUGUGUAGUUGAAUUUAAGCAACCAGACUACAUGUGGGCAGCACAAUUAACCAAAGACAGAGACGUUGUUGCUCAACAUGAAGCAAUUGACGCGCUUAAAUAUAUGCCAUCCUACGCCACAUCGACCAGUUUACUACGCGCCAUCAUGGAUCCAAAAUGCUUUUACAAGAUACGUAUGGAAGCAGCCUACGGAUUAGCAAGUUGUGCAAUUCCAAGCUUAAAAUGGGUUGGCUUGCAUCAACUAAGCAAGAUGUUUCACCAGCGCUUCUGUUUUCCUAUAAACUCUCAAAAUGACAGUAAUGAUCAAAUGAAAGACUUUCCGCUCAUUCAUUCCAUACCCAAACCCAACAAUUUCUCAAACCUGUCUGAUUAUUUUCUCCAAAAGGCCUCCGUCGUCGCAUUUUCGCAAAUCCGCGAUGAACGCGGACUGACACCAGUGAAGAUUCGACAAUUCCUGCUGGAUCUUUUGCGAUAUAAUGAUAACAUUGGAAACGAGUUUUCUGAUUGUUAUUAUGUUGCUACACUUAUCUCUGCUUUAGGAGAUGCACUCAUACCUGUGUCAGAUGAAGCUUUAAAACUAGAUGAUCUAGAAGGUGAACAAGUGAAUGCUGCAGCUAAAGCAGAGAUCGAACGGUUCAGAACGCUGGAUUAUGUUAUUCCUACCUAUCACAAUAUUAUUACCGUCACAUGUUUAAAGACCAUGACAAAACUGAUGCUAAAGGAUCUCUUACCGCUUAAUCUGUCCUUAUUCAUGCAAUAUACACGAUACGGAAACUUUCUGGAAGUGCGUUUGACGGCAUUUGACAGUCUGUACAUUCUCUGCGGUCUUUCAGACCCUGUUUUGAACCAGUACUUGCUUAGCAUCAUCAAAGAGGAUCCUUCUGUCUAUGUAUCACACUAUGUAGCACGCGCCAUGCUGGCAUGGUUAGGGUUAGCUUUGAAAGAAACAUAUGAUGUGUCUUCGAUAAAUAAAUAUACUGAAGAAUUUGCGGAAGAAGAGGGUAAGGUGGUCAUUGACGAUGAUCGGUCUUUGACGCACAAAACGCCGCAGCAAGAAUUCCAAUCCAGUGUCGAAAAUUUGCGAAAGCGAUUUGAAAAUGAUACAGAAUUACAACAGUCUCUAUGGAAACUAUUAAAUUCAUCAGAAAAUGCAAAGAUUGAUCACUGUAUUCGUAAAUACUUGCUUCAGUUCUCAGAGUAUGUCUUUAAGCCUAUCGAUGUCGGCCUCAAGGUGACAAUUCGUGUGCCUACUCUACAGCCUCAAGAUAUGGGUGAAGAUACAUCUGAGCCCUCUACACCUACCCAACAACAACCACCUAUCAUUCGUUUCAGUAAACCAAAGCCACGAGUUGAAGAAAAAUCCAAAAAGCCAAACAUUCAUAUUAGAGCAGAAGUUCCUUCACAAGAUACAGAAUCUAUUUCCUCUACCAAAUCAGGAAUAACUGUCACUCUGCCGUCAUCCGUGUCUUCAUCGGCCGACCACGCAGAAAAAAACGUGACUAUACGCGAAGAGCCCAAGACUGCUGUAUCUGAUGCAGUAUCUACGCCGACACCAUCACCUAAUAUCAUUACACUUUCCAUCAGUGGUCAACGUAAAACUGAGAAACAGAAAGCACAGUCAGAAAGCACUACACAACCUUCUCUGCAAGCUACAGCUUCUAUACCGGCUCCAGUGAGCAAACCGAAGCACAAGAAGGUUGUAGACAGUGUAACGGCUGAAGAGUUGAAGAAAUGCAGACGCGUACUAAACAAGAUAAACAAGUACAGAUGCGCAUUACCUUUUGUUCAGCCUGUAGACGAAGUCUUGGACGGUGCGCCAAACUAUUAUAAAAUUAUCAAGAACCCAAUUGAUCUGAGUGUCAUCAAGCGCAAAGUUGAAAACAAAGAAUAUACCACAUUCCGACAAUUUGAAGAUGAUAUACGCUUAAUGUUAAAUAAUUGCUAUAUCUACAAUAGUCCUGGAACACUGGUAUAUAACGAAGGACAGGCACUCGAAGCUGUAUUUGAAAAGGAAGUAGCCAGUUUACGAGGUAAAGAACAAGACGAAACACAAAAUAUGACCAUUGUGGAAAGCCCUACGCCGGCCAAACCGCAAACCAUCGUCCAUGAUACAACGCCUCCUGUUAUCAAACUGAAACAACCAAAGCCCAAACAACUCAGCACCUUUGUCAGUCCUGCAGCAUCGACUAACAGCGAACCUGAAGUUGUAAGGGAGGUAUCAAAGAAAGCACCAAGUCAAGCUCCUCAUGAACCUCCACAAGAGACUAUCAAGCCCAUCACUCUGUCUCUACCGUCUGCACCAGAGAAGAAGGCCAAGCCGAUAACAGAUUAUGAAAAGAUGGAAACUAUCAUUGUCAAUGCCAUGACGAAUCCUCAUGCCUUUGAGUUUCUGCGUCCGGUUGAUCCUAUCAGACAAGGUGUUCCACACUACUUUACCAUUAUUAAGAAACCAAUGGAUUUGGGUACGAUCAAGGGAAAACUAAAGAAUAAUCAGUAUGCCAGUCCAGAAGAGAUGAAUGAGGACGUGAGACUGAUGUUUAGAAACUGUUAUACCUUCAAUCCGCCAAAUACCUAUGUAUAUAAUGAAGCCAAAGCGCUCGAAGACGAUUAUAAUGCGGAUUGGCAAAAGUAUUUUGGUAAUCGAAGGCGCCCAUCAACAAGCAAUGCUGAAGCAGCUACUUCUACAACAGCAACAACAACAGCAUCACCGAUGACUGGAGUAGAGCCUUCAAAUCAAAAGCCAUCCAAACCGUCGAAGGCAACACCCCCUGGUCCAGAGGCAGCAGCUGCUCCUGUGCCCAAGCCUAAGCCUCCGAUCAAUCCAGUGAUGGACGCCAACAACAAGAAGAAAUGCGAACGCAUUCUCAAAAAACUGUGGGCUCACCAAGCAUCUGCAGCAUUCCAUAAACCCGUUGAUGCUGUUGCUGAAGGCGUACCACAUUAUUAUGAAGUUAUCAAGAGACCUAUGGACUUGUCUUUGAUUCAAAGAAACUUUGAGCAAGACAAGUACAAGAAUAUAUGGGACUUGGAACGAGAUGUACGUCAGAUCUUUUGGAACUGCUACAGUUUCAAUCAUCAUGAAUCCUGGGUAGUUGGACAGUGUCAGGCAUUGGAGUCAUUCUUUAAUCAGAUUUGGUCAGCUGAGUUUGCUGAUCCUUAUGCAAUCAAGGGAGACGACAAACGCAUUGCUCAAAACGUGGUCAAUAAGCUAACCUACCAUGAAUCAGCGGCUUUGUUUAACGAACCUGUGGAUUUGGCAGCAUUACCUGAUUAUGCUGAAAUCAUCAAACAUCCUAUGGACUUGAGAACCAUUUGGGAAAGACUAGAAAGUGGGAAAUAUAUAAGCUUGAAAGCUAUCGAUCACGACAUUCGUCUCGUAUUUAAAAACUGCUUUACAUACAAUGCACAAGGCACAUUUGCUUAUGAUCAAGGAAAGAGACUCGAAAAGUAUUACCAAAAGAUCAGCAAGGAUAUGCGUGCUCGUAUUAGUAAUAGUAAUGGUAAUUCUUCUCAUCCGUCCUCUGUCAACAAACGAUCGCAUCCCUCAUCGUCCAGCCCAGGACAGGAACCUCCCGCAAAAAUUGUAAAAACUUCAAAUAAUACCAUGUAGAAAUGUUAACCCCCUCACACAUAAUGUCACAUCUAUAUAUAAAAAAUAAAUAAUCAAAGGUUCUUUUAAAUUGUGAA